AUGGGGACAGUUCAAGGCACAGAGCCUCGUGUUCUGAUUUGGUUGUUUACCAUCAAUCAGACGGUUGCUUGGCAGACACUGGAUGGUUAUGAGCCCGAACAAGCUGAAAAGGGGCAGGAAAAGAAGUGGAGGCAGCAUUCUUCCUAUUUAAAGCUGCAUCGCUUGAAAAAAGUUUUCACAGACUGUGCUGGAGCUGGUGCUGAAAAAGGGUUAGACAUAAUGGCAAACUGGGUAGAAGCAGGACCUCUCCUCAUUCUUACUGUUUUAUUAGGGCAGUUUGUCUCAAUAAAAGCCCAGGAAGAAGGCGAGGACGAAGGAUAUGAUGAAGAAAUAGCCUGUACCCAGAAUGGACAGAUGUAUUUAAACAGGGAUAUUUGGAAACCUGCCCCUUGCCAGAUCUGUGUCUGUGACAAUGGAGCCAUUCUUUGUGACAAGAUACAGUGCCAGGAAGUGCUUGAAUGUGCAGACCCAAUAACACCCGCUGGGGAAUGCUGUCCUGUUUGUCCACAUUCAACUGGAGGUGGUGGCACCAGUUUUGGUAGAGGAAGAAAGGGACAAAAAGGAGAACCAGGACUAGUGCCUGUAGUAACAGGCAUACGUGGUCGUCCAGGCCCUUCAGGACCUCCAGGUUCACAAGGACCGAGAGGAGAGAGAGGCCCCAAAGGAAGACCUGGUCCCCGUGGUCCUCAGGGAAUUGAUGGAGAACCAGGUGUUCCUGGUCAACCUGGUGCCCCAGGACCUCCCGGACAUCCUUCUCAUGUAGGACCUGAUGGCAUGAGCAGGCCAUUUUCAGCUCAGAUGGCUGGUCUGGAUGAUAAAUCUGGACUUGGGAGUCAAGUCGGACUGAUGCCUGGCUCUGUGGGUCCUAUUGGUCCAAGAGGACCUCAGGGUUUGCAAGGGCAGCAAGGUGGUGCAGGCCCUACAGGACCUCCUGGAGAGCCUGGUGAACCUGGACCCAUGGGUCCAAUUGGUGCUCGUGGACCUGAGGGACCUCCUGGAAAGCCUGGUGAAGAUGGUGAACCCGGUCGAAAUGGAAAUCCUGGUGAAGUGGGCUUUGCAGGAUCACCGGGAGCUCGAGGAUUUCCUGGAGCUCCUGGUCUUCCAGGCCUGAAGGGUCACCGAGGAACCAAAGGUCUUGAAGGUCCUAAAGGUGAAGUUGGAGCAACUGGUUCCAAGGGUGAAGCUGGCCCUACUGGUCCAAUGGGUGCAAUGGGUCCAAUGGGCCCAAGGGGAAUGCCAGGAGAAAGAGGGAGACUCGGGCCUCAGGGAGCUCCUGGACAACGAGGUGCACAUGGUAUGCCUGGAAAACCUGGACCAAUGGGGCCGCUUGGUAUACCUGGAUCCGCUGGCUUUCCAGGAAAUCCUGGGAUGAAGGGAGAAGCAGGUCCCACUGGGGCACGAGGCCCUGAAGGUCCCCAGGGUCAAAGGGGAGAAACUGGGCCACCGGGCCCAGUUGGUUCUCAAGGUCUUCCUGGCACAGUGGGAACUGAUGGAACUCCUGGUGCUAAAGGCCCCACAGGCUCUCCAGGUACCUCUGGUCCUCCAGGUUUGUCAGGACCUCCUGGAUCUCCAGGACCUCAGGGUAGUACUGGACCUCCAGGAAUUCGAGGGCAACCGGGUGAUCCAGGAGUUCCAGGUUUCAAAGGAGAAGCUGGCCCAAAAGGGGAACCAGGACCACAUGGUACUCAGGGUCCAAUAGGCCCACCUGGUGAAGAAGGCAAAAGAGGUCCCCGAGGUGAUCCUGGAACAGUUGGCCCUCCGGGCCCAGUGGGAGAACGGGGUUCUCCUGGCAAUCGUGGUUUUCCAGGUUCAGAUGGUUUACCUGGACCAAAGGGGGCUCAAGGAGAGAGGGGUCCUGUAGGUUCGUCAGGACCUAAAGGAGGUCAAGGUGAUCCAGGACGCCCAGGGGAACCUGGACUUCCAGGUGCUCGGGGUCUGACAGGAAAUCCUGGUAUUCAAGGUCCAGAAGGAAAACUUGGGCCUUUGGGUGCUCCGGGGGAGGACGGACGGCCAGGUCCCCCAGGCUCCAUUGGAAUCAGAGGGCAGCCUGGGAGUAUGGGUCUUCCAGGCCCCAAAGGAAGCAGUGGUGAUCCUGGAAAGCCUGGAGAAGCAGGAAAUGCUGGUGUUCCUGGGCAAAGGGGAGCUCCCGGAAAAGAUGGUGAAGUUGGUCCCUCUGGUCCUGUGGGUCCCCCGGGUCUUGCUGGAGAGAGAGGAGAACAAGGACCUCCAGGCCCUACUGGAUUUCAGGGACUUCCUGGUCCUCCAGGGCCUCCAGGGGAAGGAGGAAAACCAGGUGAUCAAGGGGUUCCUGGAGAUCCUGGUGCAGUUGGCCCAUUAGGACCUAGAGGAGAACGAGGAAAUCCAGGAGAAAGAGGAGAGCCAGGAAUAACUGGACUCCCUGGUGAGAAGGGAAUGGCUGGAGGACAUGGUCCUGAUGGUCCCAAAGGCAAUCCAGGACCAACUGGAACCCCUGGAGAUACUGGCCCACCAGGUCUUCAAGGUAUGCCGGGAGAAAGAGGAAUUGCAGGAACUCCUGGUCCCAAGGGUGACAGAGGCGGUUUAGGAGAGAAAGGCGCUGAAGGCACGGCUGGAAAUGAUGGAGCAAGGGGUCUUCCAGGUCCCUUGGGUCCUCCAGGCCCUGCAGGUCCCACUGGAGAAAAGGGUGAACCUGGUCCUCGUGGUUUGGUUGGUCCACCUGGCUCUCGUGGCAAUCCGGGUUCUCGUGGUGAGAAUGGCCCAACUGGAGCUGUUGGUUUUGCUGGACCUCAGGGUCCUGAUGGACAGCCUGGAGUAAAAGGAGAACCAGGAGAGCCAGGACAGAAGGGAGAUGCUGGUUCACCUGGACCACAAGGUCUAGCAGGAUCCCCUGGGCCACAUGGUCCUAAUGGUGUUCCUGGAUUAAAAGGUGGUCGAGGUACUCAAGGUCCACCUGGUGCUACAGGAUUUCCAGGAUCUGCUGGCAGAGUUGGACCUCCAGGCCCUACUGGAGCUCCAGGACCAGCAGGCCCGUUAGGGGAACCUGGGAAGGAGGGACCUCCUGGUCUUCAUGGAGACCCUGGCUCUCAUGGACGAGUGGGAGACCGAGGACCAGCUGGUCCUCCUGGAGGCCCAGGAGACAAAGGAGACCCAGGAGAAGAUGGACAACCUGGUCCCGAUGGGCCUCCUGGCCCAGCCGGAACUACUGGGCAAAGAGGAAUUGUGGGUAUGCCUGGGCAGCGUGGAGAGCGAGGAAUGCCUGGCCUGCCGGGCCCAGCGGGCACACCAGGAAAAGUAGGACCAACGGGAGCAACAGGAGAUAAAGGGCCCCCUGGACCUGUAGGACCCCCAGGCUCUAACGGCCCUGUAGGGGAACCUGGCCCUGAAGGCCCUGCUGGUAACGAUGGUACCCCGGGACGGGAUGGUGCUGUUGGAGAACGUGGUGAUCGUGGAGACCCUGGACCUGCGGGUCUGCCCGGUUCUCAGGGGGGCCCUGGAACCCCAGGACCUGUUGGUGCUCCGGGAGAUGCUGGACAACGGGGAGAUCCAGGCUCUCGUGGUCCCAUGGGACCACCUGGUCGAGCUGGGAAACGUGGCUUGCCAGGACCCCAAGGACCACGUGGUGACAAAGGUGAUCAUGGAGAUCGAGGUGACCGAGGCCAGAAGGGUCACAGAGGAUUUACUGGGCUUCAGGGUCUUCCUGGACCCCCUGGUCCAAAUGGCGAGCAAGGCAGUGCUGGGAUUCCUGGACCGUUUGGCCCAAGAGGUCCUCCAGGACCAGUUGGUCCUUCUGGUAAAGAAGGAAACCCUGGGCCACUUGGGCCAAUUGGACCUCCUGGUGUACGGGGCAGUAUUGGAGAAGCAGGUCCUGAGGGUCCUCCUGGGGAGCCUGGUCCACCUGGUCCCCCCGGGCCACCUGGUCACCUUACAGCUGCUCUUGGGGACAUCAUGGGACACUAUGAUGAUAGCAUAUCAGACCCACUUCCAGAAUUUACUGAAGAUCAGGCAUUUCCUGAUGACAAGAACAAAACUGACCCAGGAGUCCAUGCUACCCUGAAGUCACUGAGCAGUCAGAUUGAAACAAUGCGCAGCCCCGAUGGCUCUAAAAAGAACCCAGCCCGGACAUGUGAUGACUUAAAGUUGUGCCAUUCAGCAAAACAAAGUGGUGAAUACUGGAUUGAUCCAAACCAGGGAUCUGUUGAAGAUGCAAUAAAAGUUUUCUGCAACAUGGAAACAGGAGAAACAUGUAUUUCAGCAAAUCCUUCAAGUGUACCACGUAAAACCUGGUGGGCAACUAAAUCUCCCGACAAUAAGCCUGUUUGGUAUGGUCUUGACAUGAACAGAGGAGCUCAGUUUGUUUAUGGAGAUCACCAGUCCCCUAGUGCUGCCAUCACUCAAAUGACCUUCUUGCGCCUUUUAUCAAAAGAAGCUUCACAAAAUAUUACUUACAUCUGUAAAAACAGUGUGGGGUACAUGGAUGACCAAACUAAGAACCUCAAGAAAGCCGUAGUUCUCAAAGGGUCAAAUGACCUGGAAAUUAAGGCAGAGGGAAAUGUUAGAUUCAGAUACAUAGUUCUUCAAGAUACAUGCUCUAAACGAAAUGGAAAUGUAGGCAAAACCAUCUUUGAAUAUAGAACACAGAAUGUGGCACGCUUGCCCAUCAUAGAUCUUGCCCCUGUGGAUGUUGGCAGCCCAGACCAGGAAUUUGGCAUUGAAAUCGGGCCAGUGUGUUUUGUGUAAAGCAAGCUGAGAUACAUCGACAAUGAGCAACUCCCCCACCAUCAAUGGCAUCACCAUUCACUAGAACUUUGACUGUUUGAAGCUGAUCCUGAGACUCUUGAAGUAAUGGCUGAUCCUGCAUCAGCUUUGUACAUAUGGUCUUAAGUGCCUGGCCUCCUUAUCCUUCAGAAUAUUUAUUUUACUUACAGUCCUCAAGUUUCAAUUGACUUAAAAUAUUUUUCAGUACAGCAAUCUAGAUUUAAGAUGAUCAGUGACAAUGACCACUUAAAAAAAGUAAACUUCUUAAAUAAAUAAAUUUCCAUUUUCUUCAAUUUGUUUUUAUCUAAUGACAACAUUGCUUAGUAUUUAUGAAAAAAAAUCUUCCUGGCAGGUAGCUUAAAAGAGUGGGGUAUGUAGAACUACAGCACAAAACAACACGUUUUAUUUUGCUUAACUAAAGUUGGACAAAAUAGAAAUAAGUACCCUUUUGUCAUCUCUCAUUCCCAAAUAAUCAAAAAGCAAAAUAAAAAUAUUUAACCGUAUCUUUAAAACCCACAUACAUGCCUUGACAUACCAAAGAGAUACUCUCAAGAGAACCUUGAAAAAAAUCAGGUUUCACUGUCCUAGAUGAAAUUUUAAAAUAAUAUAUAUUCAGAGGAAUUUCUGGAAUACAAAUUGAAAUUACUUCAACCUUCUAAAUUUUUUUCAAAGUGAAGUAAGUUUAGACUUCUUUCUCAUUUAAGAUUAAAGAUUUCUUUUCCUUCUAGACUCUAUCAAGGUAGUUAGAAUUUGCAUGAAUAUACAUUUGCACUUUCUUGUUUAAGAAGACAUUGAAUGCAGACUAAUUCAUACAUACAACUUUAUUAGCAUAUGUCCAAGACUAAGUUGAGAAUCAUCCUGAAGUCUAUAAAGAAGAAAAAAGACUAAAACACUCAGAGUUGUGGAGCUAAUGAAAUGUGAUAAAUGGAGUUAAACCAUUAGGCUUUUGAACUGUCAUAGAAAAAAUGACCCAACCUGUCAUAGUAUGAGCUACCUCAUCUCUGGAAGCUGGGAUGGACUUACUAUUUUUGUUUAUAGUUUAGAUACUCAAAGGUGCUAUGCUUCUGUUAUUAUUCCAAGAUUGGAGAUAAGCAGAGCUAAAAUGUAUUGUUAUUUUUCCUUUAAUGAUGGUGCUAAAAUUCCUUCUAUAAAAUUCUUUAAAAAUAGUGAUGGUUUCAUCAAUACCAUGUGUGAAAACAACUGUUAGACUCCCCGUUUCUGAAAGAAGGAGCUUGUUCCAGUGCCUUUUCAACUGUUCAUCUGUCAUACUGUAUCUGGACUCUUUUGUAAUUCUUGCAUGUUUCUUACAUGUUUUUUUCAAAACAUGUAGGCCCCUUUGUAUCUCAAAGGAAUUCCCCCCUUAAUUGCAUUUGUUGGCUCCAUUUUUUUAUUUUUAGUUAAGAAUAAACAGCUGGGACCAUCCCAAAGGACAAAUCAUGCACACAACUUUAGUCAUGUAUCUCUGCAAAGAAUCUAAU